AUGUUGGCAUCUAUAGAGGCGUCUAAGGCGUCGAAGAUAAGGCGGGGAACUUCAUAUGGGUCGCCUGCGUCAUCUCCGGAGAAGACCACAAGGCGGGGAACUUCAUAUGGGUCGCCAUCUCCGGAGAAGGCCACAAGGCGUGGUUCAACUCUAUCUCCUAUAGUUGCGAAGAAGCAGAAGGUAAAUGUGGCUCCUUCUGGUGAUGUCAGAGAAGAAUGGUCAGAGACUGAGAUGUUGGCAUCAACAGUUGCGAAGAAGACAAGGCGGGGAACUUCAUAUGGUGGGUCGCCUAUGUCUCCUAGACAAUCGAAGAAGCAGAAGGUAAACUCGGAGAAGAGUCUAUGUGAUGAUGGUGAUGACAGAGAAGAAUUUCUCCAGAUUGAGAAAUUUGGGGAUAUAGGUGAUGAUGGUAGGGAAGAUGAGAACGGUAUUGCUGGUAUUGAGGAAGUUGGUUGUACAGAUUUGAGUCUUUAUUUUGGCGAUAAAGCAAAAAAUGAUGACUGUGAGGUUGAUGAAGACGAAGGGGAUGAUGAUGCAUGGGAUGAUGAUAAAAUCCCUGAUUCUAUGUCAUCAGAUGAUGAGAAUGAAGAGGAGAUGAUACAUGCGCAAGCUUACAGAGAAGACACUGAUCCAGAGGAGCUCCUUCAGCUAGGUAAGACAUUUUCAGAUGUUGAGGACUUCAAACAUGCUUGUCUCAGGUAUACACUGAAAACCAGAUACAACAUCAAGUACUACAGAUCCAGUAGCUUGAAGAUGGGUGCAAAAUGUGCCGCUGGGAUGAGAGAUGAUGAGGCUCCAUGUCCCUGGAUGGUCUACUGUUCGUAUGAUAGGAGGAAACAGAAGUUGAUGGUAAAGACAUACGUCAAUGACCAUAAGUGUGAGAGGACAGGAUAUUCCAAGAUACUUAAGAGGUCAGCAAUUGCAAGUCUAUUUGCUGAGAGGUUAAGGCUUAAUCCUAAGCUCACGGUAAAGGAGAUACAGGCUGAGAUCUUGAGGGAGUAUAAGAUGGAAGUUUUAGAAAACUCAUGCAUUAAGGCCAAGACGAAGGUGAUGAAAGAAAGGAGGAAGACCCAUGAGGAGCAUUUUGAUAAAAUCUGGGAUUACCAAGCAGAGAUAUUGAGGAGCAAUCCUGGAUCAACCAUGAAAAUUGAGACCAUACCAGGAGCCAUUGUUGGAAGCAAGCAGAGGUUCUACAGGCUCUACAUGUAUGGAGCCUUUUUGAAAUGGGACAUUAAGGGACAGUUGUUGGCUGCGGUUGGAAGAGAUGGAGACAAUAGGAUUGUUCCUAUUGCUUGGGUUGUAGUGGAGAUAGAGAAUGAUACAAACUGGGAUUGGUUUGUGAAGCGUUUGGCCUUGGAUUUGAGAUUGGAAGAUGGGAACGGCUUUGUUAUAAUGUCUGACAAACAAAAGGGAUUAGUGAAGGCAGUUCAUACCCUCCUUCCAGAAGCUGAGCAUAGACAGAGCUACACUCCUGGUAUGUUCAACUCCAACAUGGACGAGCUUAAGAACUAUGAUCAUGCCCCACAUGCAUCUCUGAUAAAGACAAAGCCAGAGACUUGGUCUAGAGCUUUCUUCAAGAUAGGCUCCUACUGCAAUGAUAAUCUGAACAAUUUGUGUGAGUCCUUCAACAAGACCAUCAGGGAGCCUAGGAAGAAGCCUCUGCUAGACAUGUUAGAGGAGAUAAGGCGCCAAUGUAUGACUAGGAACUACAAUAGGUCUAAGAUGACUAAUGACAUGAAAACUAGGUUCACCCAGAAGACACAUAAAGAGUUAGACAUGGUUGAGAAGAAGUCAAAAGAGUGUAGUCUGCGUUGGGCAAUUGGACCAGAGACUGAGGUGGAGGAUAAAAACCAGUCAUAUGUAGUGAAUUUGGAGAUUGAGACUUGUGCAUGUCGAAGCUUGCAAAUGAAUGGUAUUCUUUGCAUCCAUGCUACUAAGGUCAUCCUUGGUGUGGAAAGAAAACUUUCUGAAUUUGUUGCUCCUUACUUCACAACCUCUAAGUGGCGUGAAACCUACAGUUUUGGGAUCAGACCUGUAAAUGGGAUAAUCGAGUGGCCUCGGACCAAUAGAUUAGGUGUGAUUCCACCACCUAAUCGAAAUGGCAAGCCUGGUAGGCUUAAAAACCAUGAUCGAAAGAAGGGAACCAAUGAGACAGUGUCUACAACCAAGCUGAGCCGUGCGAACAGGGUAAUGACAUGCUCUAAUUGCAAAGAAGAAAGGCACUACAGGAAUACAUGUCGGAAGGCUUUUGUUCAGAGUCCACCUAAGAAACCAAGAGGCAGACCAAGGAAAUAUCAGGGACUACAUUUUGGCGAGUCAGAAGGUCAAUCCUCACAAGCUCAAUCCUCACAAACUCAAGCAUCACCAUGGGAAGUUCCUCAAUCUUCACAAGGUCAAUCCUCACAAUCUCCAACCAUCACGAUGGGAAGUUCCCCAAUCCUCACAAGGUCAAGCAUCACAGACAACAGCGUGGGAAAGAUGGUUCUUUUAGAUCAAUAUUAA